CCUUGCGAAGCCGCCUUGUGCUCACGUGGUUUGGAGAGGGCGGAGGGAUUUAUAAACGUGUGUUGUCAGGUUGUGUUGGUAGUGAGCCCGUGCGUCUCCUGCCCAGUAUUUGCACUCGAUCAUUUCAAGAUCUGGAGUAGCUUGUUCCACGGUGAGCGGGCUCGGAUCUCCACAUUUUUUUUUUCUUCUACCAUCAUCAUCAUCAUCUCACUGCACUUUCGUCUUGGCUAUCGCAGAACCACGACACUUGGACGAGCAUGACUCCUGUGCUCCUUGUUUUCUGCGUUAUUGCGGUGAUUUUGUGUCACGCCGUCCAGACCAGCACGUCACCUAUUUCCGAGGUAUUGUCAACCAGUACCCCAGCAGAUGACGCGUUUGGCCACGGUAUUAUCGACGCCAACGACUUCGUCGACCACGCCCUGGAGAACAUGAAGAGCGACCCCAAGGUUCUUGAGAAGAUAACGCCGGUAGAGGUCGGAACCCUGGAGCACGGCGGUCUUCGACUCGACGACGUCAAACUCCGCGGGUUGGAGUCCAUGUACAGGAGCGACAACUGCACUCUUCGUUUUUCCGAUACCUCCUUCGACAUCGUCGUACACCUGGGGGCACGGGAUCUCGUCGUCGAGGCCGCAUGGUCGAAGAAGGUCAUCAACAUUCCCUUCAGUGGUCAUCUGAGCGCGAGAGUGGCAGACUUCAGCAUCCUAAUGGAUGUAAACAUUGGUCGAAGUGGCACGGCGACUCUGCAGCGAUUGGAAGUAGUCCGCCUGAGCGACAUAGAGGUCACGGAGGCCACUGGAGUGUCUGUCGUCUUCAACUGGGCGCUGCGUCAUUUGUUCAACCGGGUUGUGCAUGACAACAGAGACAACAUCGUACAUCUCAUCGAAACAAAGGGAGCCACGGCUAUCAACGAAGGAAUCAAGGGUCUUGGCGGACACUUCAACGCACAGUUAAACGAACUUCGCAGAAGACGGCGUUGAAGAAAACGAGCAGACUCGAGAGGUACACCGCCAAGCAGGAGGAAGGCUGGCUACGUUGCCGGCGUAUAGUGUAAUGCCAGCACUAUGUUAUACGUGUGAUGGGGAUCGCUAAAUAUAUUUUUAAUUUCCGAGUAAACUUUCGGAGGGAUAUCUUAAAAGAGAUUUUAAAAAAACAGUGCCGGAGUGAAAAGAGGCCGAAAGAAGAGAAAAACAAACUGUCGCACUGAACUGGCCAACCAAGAAUGUUUAUUUUCCAAAGAAGGUGUGCUUAUAUAUAUCCUAGCCUCCUUGCAUUCCUCGUGCCAGAGAGUUUCGAUUAAUCCUUAUCUCCUGUGAUAAACCGUUCAACCUUGUGUUAACAAAUAAACCGAACCUGUAAGCA